AAAAGAAUUAAGCUCGGGCCGGCCCUGAUUAUUAAGCAGUUUGAUGAAGUCAGUGGGUCACUGCCUGCAGUCCAUUGCCCUUGGGGGUUAAUGACAGAGCCGGUAUAGGGAAGUGUGAGAGACAGAGCAGGAACUACACACACAGCUCAAUUACCAGCACCCUCCACCCCCCUGUAACGUCAGUAGAAACCCUGUGUAAACUAUCAGCACCGGCAGCGUAGGAUAGUGAGCUACACCUACUGUGUACACACAACGUGGACUGGAGGGCGUUCUGAGGAGACAUAUGUGCGUGUGUAUAUAGGGGCAGCUGGGAGAGGACGGACUACUGUGGAACGUUCCAUUGCUCACCUCAUCGUCUGUACGUUCCAUCCUCAGAACUCUCACCUCACCACCGUUCUAGCCUCUUGCUGGAUGACUCCGGCCAUUGCCAGUACUGCGAAGAGCCUGGAGUAACUCGCAUCUCUUGCGCCAGUAUUCGAGGCUGCGUGGUAAUGAUGGCGGCGCUCUGGGAGACUUCCUCACCUCUCAGUGCUAGCACUGCCCUGCUGCUGCUGAAAUGAAUUGAUCGCUUGUGCCAAACCUGUGUACGCUAUUUACCUGGGAGAUCGGACGUGUUGUAUGUAUGUAGCAGCCGGGGACGUGUCAGAUUGGCCGGAACUCCCACGUUUUAUUCCAUAGGAGGGAGAGAGCAGCAGGAUGGGCCUACUGGAGAGACUGAGGAAAGAGUGGUUCAUUCUCGGUAUCAUACUGGUGAUAACAGCCGCUAAAUGGCAGCCAUCCAUAGGGGAGAAAGGGGGACCAUUGAAGCCAGAAAUUACCAUAACAUAUAUUGCGGUGUCUGCUAUUUUCUUUAACAGUGGACUGUCAUUAAAAACAGAGGAACUCACAAGUGCUUUGAUGCACGUGAAGCUUCACCUCUUCGUCCAGCUGUUUACACUUGCAUUUUUCCCAACUGCAAUAUGGUUUUUCCUUCAAGUGCUGUCACUUACUUCUAUAAAUGAAUGGCUCUUAAAGGGUCUGCAGACGGUGAGCUGUAUGCCUCCUCCUGUUUCCUCAGCAGUGAUUUUGACCAAAGCGGUUGGUGGUAAUGAGGCUGCUGCUAUAUUCAAUUCUGCAUUUGGGAGUUUCUUGGGUAUUGUAGUGACCCCACUGCUGCUACUGUUAUUUUUGGGAUCAUCAUCAUCAGUGCCCUUUACCUCCAUAUUUUCCCAACUUUUCAUGACUGUUGUCGUUCCAUUGAUUAUUGGCCAGAUUGUCCGGAGGUACAUCAAGGACUGGUUGGAAAGGAAGAAGCCUCCGUUUGGGGCCAUCAGCAGCUGUGUACUCCUGAUGAUUAUCUAUACGACCUUUUGCGACACGUUUUCUAACCGAAAUAUUGACCUGGACACCUUUAGUCUGGUCGUUAUUAUAUUUAUCAUAUUUUUUAUCCAGCUGGCAUUUAUGCUUUUAACAUUCCUGUUUUCUACGAGUAAAAAUACCGGCUUUACACCAGCAGACACCGUUGCAAUAGUAUUUUGUUCAACACACAAAUCCCUCACAUUAGGAAUUCCUAUGCUGAAGAUCGUGUUUGCAGGAUACGAGCACCUUUCAUUAAUAUCUGUUCCCUUGUUGAUUUAUCACCCGGCUCAAAUUCUUCUUGGAAGUGUAUUAGUGCCAACGAUAAAAUCCUGGAUGCUUUCCAGACAAAAGGCACUAAAAUUAACAAGGCAACCAAAGGUCCCAUUAUAACGGCAAGAGAAAGGAGUGUAAAUAUGGACAAUAUUGUACAUACAGACAUCAGACAAAAGACUUGUGUCUGGGAAUGUUUGCUUCAAUGCAUAUUUUAUUUUUUUAAAUAAAGAUCUAAGUGCCUUAUGGAUGCAUUUGGUGAAUACUUAGUUUGAAAAGAAGAAGCCAUGUUUAUGUCCUAACUCAUCUCUUUGUAUUUUUUUUUAAUUUGGAAAAUAAAGAUUUCAAGAGCC